CCCCGUGUAGCCUUUAAGAGAAAGUUGGGGCAAGUUCUGUUAGCGAGUAGCACCUUAGAAGGCACACCGGGUAGGGCACACGAGGCGUGUUGGGGGCCAGCAACACGCCCGACCGCCUUUGUCUCCCCAGUGCUGAUGAGGUUUACUGCACCAGGUGCCAUGGGCGAAGUUUGCGAGGGGGGCACGGGGCGGCACGGGGGGGGGGAACUGGGCACGUCUAUUAAUUUAUUUUCAGUGGUUUAUAAUGAUCAUAAAACAUAUAAAUUCAUGAUAUGCACCCGCGAUUCCUGAUGUGGGGUACAAAGCGAACCCCUGCCUCCUCCCCCCCCCCAAAUCGAGAAGUCAAACUUCGCCUACCCGUUUAAUUCCGAGUCGAUCUAUUGGGGGGGACACUCCACGCGUGCGCCCGCCGGCAGACCGCCAAUCCAAUUAGCUGAAACUCGAGUGGGGAUGGGGAGUCGUUGGGGUGGAGUUGUGGGAGCGUGUGGAUGAGUAUUAAUUGAUUGCAAGUGCCGAGUCGGAGCGGGGCGUUUAUUUUUUUUCGCUCGAGGAGUGGGGGCGAUGAAGACUUUGCUGGGACGUGCGGAGCCGUGCCCUUUGUGCUCUGUUUGGUGGAUCCGGCGACCCGCGUUCGUCCUCCUCCGCUGCUUUGUUUGAAAAAAAAAAGUUGAUCUAUCGAGUUUCUCGAGGGCUGUUGGGACAGCCGGCUCGCCCAGUGCGGAGCGGUGUUUAACCCACCACCCCCGUGACUUGCGCGGUGGCGGUGAUGGUCGGUUGGUGAGAGAGCAAGAGGGCACGUUGACAUGCGAGCGGUACAGCCUUGACCAAGAAGCGUCGAGCUAGAACAAAGAAGAAAAUUUGUUCCAAGCCUUAAUGACGUCCGUUGCUCAAACUUUUACGCGCGUAUGACGGUCGAGUUGGCCAUUGGCACGCGUUGGCAUCAUCCAGCUGUAGAGUCGUCGUCGACCGCCACAGCAGGAAGCAGCCCGUAUUUUGAAACAAUACCUCUCUCUAACACACACAUAUAUAAAAAAAAUACAUAAACACCGCCGAGGACCAUGGCUUCAAAAUCGAGGAGCGUGCGCCGCGCCUUGGCCGUGGCCAAUUCAUUCGAGGUGCUGUACCGCGCCUCCCUCUGCUGCCUGCUGCCCUUCAUCCCCAUCUACCUGAGGCAUCUGGGCAUGAGCGCCGACGCUCUCGGGGUGAUCUCGGCAGUGCGCUCUCUGCUCGCGCUCGGCCUGGCGCCGCUGCUUUGCCGCUGCUGGACCGGCUCGGCGAGCGGGCUCCGAAUUGGGAUGGUGGCCUUGCUGCUCGUGGCCGUGGCGGCCAAUUUGAGUUUGACGGCCAUCAAGCCAGACGGCUACGGUGUUGGUGAUGAGGGAGCGCUCUCUCCUCUUGCUGCUGCUGCUGGCCGUCUAAAAGAUCAUCGCUAUGGGGACAACGCAGAUACGGAAGGAUGCGCUACCGGAUGGACACUGGUGGUGGAGCCUGCUUCUGAUAUUCAUCGCAACGGUUGGCCGUCUGCGAGACCCAAAGCGAACACCAACGGCAGCAGCAGCAGCACCACCACACCGCAGCUCAACGCCACCACGUGGACAUCCAACAGCACUCUGCGGGAGUCCACCGCAGCGCUACCACCAGCUGUCAACAACGCCACCAGCAGCAGCUCUGUUCCAACAGCACCCGCGCCCACCGCGAACACCACGCACCCACAGCAGCAGCAGCAGCAGCAGCAGCGGGGAGUGAACGUGAGCGACCGCGGUUCGGUCACGUCAGACACUCCUCGCGGGGUCGCCCUGCUACGCGACGUGUUCCUGCAGGAGCCCGCGUUCUUCUACGUCCUCCUGGCCGUCAGCACGGCCGGGGUGUGCCUGUCCACGGUGCAGGCGGCGAGUCGAAGCUCUCUGCGCUCCUACAUCAGGAAGCGAGUGGCCGCCGCGGCGCUCGACGGCGGCGCUUCGGCCGCGGUGGCCGCACUCGCCCCGGCCUCGUGGCCCCGCUACUCGGGGGCGCUGGGUCGCAGGGCGGGCUACGUGGCGGCGGCCGUGGCGGUGUUCGGCGUCUGCGCCGUCGUGGCCCACCUGGACUGCGUCAUCGCGCUCGGCAUGAGCAGACUGACCGUGCACUUUUACGCGUUCUCGCUCGGCUCCUCGUUGGCCAUGCUGCCAGCGCUCUUCUACCCUUCGUCGUCUUCAUCGUCACCGUCGUCUUCAUCGUCACCGUCGACGAAGGUCGCCCACCCUGAGAAGACCUCCCAGCAACUGCUGGAUGGCGCCGUGGCGAGCCGUGAGCGGGUCCGCGGGGUCGCUUACCUCGUCGCGGCGUUCGUGUCCGGAGUCGGUGCCGUGUCCGUGGACAACUUCCUCUUCUGGCACCUCGAGGACGCGGGAGGCACGCAGCUGCUGCUCGGCUCCUCCGUGGCCGUGGCGUGCCUGGCCAAGGCGGUGUUCUUCACCUCGCAGUGCUCUCACGCAGCCGAGGACGAAGCGACCGCCUCGCCGCGGUGCAUCCGCUGCGCCGUCUGCUCGCCUCGCGUGCCGCCCGGCGUCUCGGCUUUCCUCGCCCUCGCCUGCACCGCCGGGCAGCUGGGCGCCUUCUCCUUCGUCUCGUCGGCGCCGUGGCUGGUGCUGCCCGCACAGCUCCUCUCCGUGCUGGGCGGCCCGGCUCUGCGCAGCUCCUCCAUGCGCCACUCUGAGCGGAGCCAGGUUGGUGCCGGGGGCGCAGCGAGCACCGAGGGACACCUGGGUCCCGAAGGAGUCGCGUGGGUGAUCGGGAGGGACCACCUGUUCGCGCUAUGCCACGGCCUCGGCUGCGCGGCCGGAGGAGUGGCGAGCGGCGUGCUCGUCGCUGGCUAUGGCUACGAGGUGCUGUUCCGAGCGUGCGCUGUCGGCACGGCCACGUGGGCCGCGAUCUUCGCCGUCGUGCAGCUGCUGUGCCGGAAACCGCGCGUGCGUUACUCGCACCUGCUCGCCAGAACGUCCAGAGACGACGACGACUUCGCGUACAGCGAGGACGAUUCGGAUUCCGAGGAGGAGGAUGGGGAGGACGGCAGCACCAAGAAGCUUCUGCCCGGCACGGACGCUUGAGGGUUGAUGCCGGUUUAUGGGUCGUGGUGGGUGUUGUUAAGUUUCAAGUUCACGUUGGGGAGAGGCGGGGGUUUGUGUUUUUGAACCAGGUGGAAACUCGGGAGACCAGGAUGAGUCUCGUUUGCAAGAGUGACCUGGGAUGAUGAUGGUGGUGGUGGAAGCUGAAAAGAGGUGCUAUGUGAUUGUGGUCUCCAUUGGUUCGUAAUCUUCAGGACCCCCCCCCCCAUAUUCCAUCUGAUGGACAUUUAUCACCGCUGGCUCCUCGUAAAACUGGCUCCUCAAUAAUCUUGCAACACUUGUAAUUUGGCCCUAUAUUGUUAGCCAACAAUUGGUAAUUGUUACUAAAUGUAGUAAAUGUUAACAAUUAUUAUGCGUUGCUGAAUUGGUCUUUGAAACAAAAAUUGAAACUCGUAAGCGCAUCCUCUUUCAUCAGUCAUCCGCAAAUCGUAUUCAUGAACCGUAUCGUCAUGAUACUAAUCCUCCCGGUGGUCAUCAAUCACUCUUCAUCAUGAUCAUUAUUUAUAAUCCUCGCGUUCAUCCUUUCCAUGCAUUUUCCCUUCCACUCAUCAAUCCUUCCUUCGUCAUAAUCCUCAUCGCGUCAUCGCUCACCCUUCGCCCCCCGGCGCCCAUCCAUCUACACCCCACCCGUUUCCUCGUCACAGCCGCGUCCUCCCAGCACUCGGGAGAAAGCUUCUUAUUGACAACACGUAUUGUGUUUGCUUGGCCUUCCCGUCUUUAUUUGUUAGUUGUGAUUUUGAUGGCGGACACACUUUCCGCGCUUCGAGUUUCCCGUAAGCUUCCCAUCACGACGAUUCGGCAGCCCUGUGUCAAUCCAACAUUGCCUGGAAGACGCCAACCCCACGCCGUGUCGCUUACAAGGGUUUGUUUGACCAUACUUCACCACGCCAGUGAAAUGUGGGUUGGCGAAGGGUAAACCUUGGACCGGCUUCCGUUAUCAAUCGCCGCCCAUAUUGUUCCGUGGCCAGGAGUCUAACUUAAAUGGGCCGGGUUCGUAGCGCAUUUCGCCAACCACUGCUCCACCACGGAGCUGCCCUUGCCUUGCUGUAUAAACAGUCUCGGCAGGUGACCAUCAGCAUUUACCUAUCUGGGUACAUGGACCGCACGAUGUCUCGCAAGAAUAAGAAUGACACGCAUGCUGUGUUGAUAAUUCGCGACAGCUGGAGAGCAGUGGUCGCGCCGCUCAACGCUCUGUAAUCUUGAAAACGAUGACAAUGUCCAGCGAGAAUAUGGGCAAGGCCAUUUACAAGGGCACUGAAUGUCGCUUGGGGUUCGUUUUUCACGUGGAAAUUGCCAAAGCGCCGUCCACUGUAAAACAAUGAUCGUUAAAGACCCCGAUAUGACCCAUCAUCAUCAUCAUCCCAAGGAUAGACCAUUCAUUGUAUAUCCUUGCAUAAAGUAUAGUUUGUUUUUUCUUUCAAUUGCCUCUCACCUGGUUGACUGUAGGACACGUAAAGUAUAUUUAAAGCACUUGGGGACUACAUGCCCCACGAGUGCCGUUGAGUAAAAUGUAUGCAAACGCAGUA